CACAGCAGAGGCAACAUGAGGCUGCGGGCUGUCCUGCUGCUGGCUCUGCUCGCUGAGACUUUUGCUGCAGAUGAGUCCUGUAUGGGUCGCUGUGAGAAUGGCUUUGACUCUCAGAGGAGCUGCCAGUGUGACUCGAUGUGCAAGUAUUACAAGAGCUGCUGCUCUGAUUUUGAGGCCACCUGUGGCAUGACGACUCGUGGAGACACUUUUGUGUUGGCAGAGGAUGAUGAUGAUGAGGUGCUUGAAGGUCCCACUCUAUCCCCUCAACGUUCAGCACAGUCUCUUACCCCUGUGGUUCCUCAGCUGAAGCCCACACCGGAGUCCAUCUCAGAUUUCGGUCGCAGACCACAGCGAGGUCCAGAAACCACACUUGAAAUGGCCAAACCCCAACGACUGACGGACACCAUAUUUCAGAUAGUCCCUGUUAGACAGAUGCCACCCAUUUCACACACAGUCCUCCCUGCACAGAGCGUCCCCUUCACAACCGAACCGCCUGAGAUUGACACAGCAGCUGAGACAACCACUGUUCCCGUCACAACAGCCACCACUGAAGCUCCCGACCCAGACGCUGAGGUCUGCAGUGGGAGGCCUUUUGACUCUUUUAUGCAGCUUAAAAAUGGCUCUAUAUAUGCCUUCAGAGGGGAGUACUUCUUUGAACUGGGCCAGAAGUCGGUCAUUCCCGGCUAUCCAAAGCUCAUUAAGGAUGUGUGGGGCAUCGACGGGCCAAUUGAUGCUGCUUUCACCCGUGUCAACUGUCAAGGGAAGACCUACAUCUUCAAGGGAAACAAGUACUGGAGGUUUGAUAAUGGCGAACUGGAUGAUGACUAUCCUCGUGAUAUCAGCGUGGGCUUUGACAAAAUUCCUGAUCACGUGGAUGCAGUGUUUGCUCUCCCCGCCCCUGGUCACCAUGGAAAAGAGAGAGUCUAUUUUUUCAAAGGGGAUCAGUACUAUUUGUAUGAGUUUUUGCACCAGCCGUCUCAUGAGGAGUGUAUCACCAUGUCUGAGAGGUCUCCACCCACACUAUUCAGGCACUACACAGACGUAUACUACAACAACUAUGAAAAUUUUUUCAGAGAGCUCUUCUCCAACUUGCCUCAGCAUCAUGACAAACACCACUUCAUUAACAAAGACUGGAAGGGCCUCAAGUCUCCAGUGGACGCUGCCAUGGCGGGCAGAAUCUACGUCACGCCCUGGAGGUCGUUUCCACGUCGCAAUGACUAUGUGCAUGAUCAGCAGUCGGAUCAACAGCAAGGCCAGCAGUGGAACCAGCAGUAUGGACAGCAGUGGGGUCGGAGGAGGCAAAGCCGCUCACCCUUCUGGGGUUCCAUAGCUGAGCGGGGGAUGAACAUGGGUCAGGGCUUUGCAGAAAGGGGGAUGGAAAUGGGUUUGAGGAUGGCAGAGAGGAGGAUGGAGAUGGAGGAGAGGCUCGGACGAGACUGGGACAGAGUGUGGGAUCAAGACUGGGACCAGGACAGAAGGAGAGAUCGAAACCGCCAGAACAACAGAGGCAACUACGACUCCAGAGAUGACAGGGCGUUUUGGGAAAGGCGAAGGGGUCUGCCCAUUCAGAGCGUCUACUUCUUUAAAGGAGAUAAAUACUACAGAGUGGACCUCAGCACCAAGCGAGUUGACCCUGCCAUGCCUCCAUAUCCCAGAUCCAUCGCCAAAUACUGGCUUGGCUGCUCAGACAACGGUGGAGCAGAGAGGAAGUAGUCUCAAAUAUUUUAGGUAUUUUAAUAUCAUCAUUUGGACAAAAUUUGUGUAUAACAUGAUUCAUUUUCACUCUAACAGGCCGUGUUGGCUGCAAAAAGUGUGUCAAACAUGUUCAGUGUAACACACAGCUGCUGAUCAACUUUAGCAAAUAUUGGAGAUCAGUGAAAGUCCACACGUUGCUCGUGUUGGUCAAAGUUCAACUGGUUAGUUUUUCUGAACUCUGCAGUUAUCUAACAUCAGAUGACCUACUUUAUUAAACACAACUGUUUUUUUUUUUAAAUGUUUGCACCAGUUAUAAGGUUUUAUGUUUUAUGCAUUCACAGCUUGUCAUUUCUUAGUUUCCAGUGUCAUAAUAAUUGAGCAGUUUGUUACAUUACAUCCAUUCAAAGGCAGGAAAUCGUUUUGUUUUCUAAGUCAUGUAUCUACAGAAUUCAAAUUCUUUAUUUUCUCAUUAUUAAUUGUGCACAUAUAUACAGUGAUGUGAAAAUAUAACACACUCAGAGCAUGAUAGAAAGGGUUACAAUCUUGACUACACAGAUUUUUCUUUGAGUAAAAGCAAGAAAAAGUCCUAAAUUGCAGCUAUGUGUUUUUACCAAAUGGCAGCAUCAUGUGACUGUCAUUUCAGAGGUCAGGGUACAGUGGCAGUAGGAUUCAUAUUCGAGGACACUUUAACAUUAGGUUGUAGACACAAAAAUAUUUUUACAAUUCCAUUUUUCUGUCAUCUACCGAUUGGUACAACACGGCAAAAUUUAAUACUAUGAUGGAAUGACAGGGCAACCCAAUUCAAUUUUAGGGGCGUAAAAGAGAUGUCCACAGGAUGCACUGUGUACUGAUUCAGAGCGAGUCACAUAUUCACAGUGUGUUACAGUCUGUUCUUAGUUGUGUUUUCAUGCAUGAAUAAUAAAACAUCAUCACAGCAGCAAAUCUUAUUCUCGUGUUUAAAACAUAUUUGUGCUGAAUUAACAACACAGUUCAUCAUACUGUGAACAGAUGCGUUCUUCACAGUUGUAAUAUUUGUGUCAUUUGUUCUUGUCCUCCUGGUACAACCCAGAGGUUCAUACAGUACGUGCUUGAAUUUCCAUAAAAAACUUUCUCCACUC